GGGAGGGCGAUCAGACAUUGCGCUCGGAAGAGGAAGAACGUAAAAGAUCACGGACUGGCGUAGUGAGUCGCGAGUGUGUUGGGUAACGGGCGGGCUUGGCAGGACAGACAGACAGACAGACAGGCACAUGCCGAUGACAUCCAGGGCCGCGCCCGCCGUCGGAGCAGCACGGAGAAGAGAGACGGUGACGGAGGAGGAGGAGGAAGAGCGACGAGAACGCGCAGGCCGAAUGCUGCCUCCGCGUUUUGUCGACAAAAGUUCUCAGAGGCGCUAAUUCCGGGCUUCGAUUGGACUGGACAGUGGCAAAAUUCGACUGGAUUCUCCGAAGCGAGUGCUUCGAUUUGCGGACGAGAGAAUAGGGUACUUUGUGGGCUGCAAACGAUGCGCCGGGGGUGAGCGGAGCAGGGCGUACAGGGGGUGGGGGGCAUGUGUCUGCCUUCUGGCGGGCGGAUGGAGAUUGUCGUUGCGAGGGUAUGGCGGGAGAUUCUAGACUGCCAGUGGAGAUUUGGGAGAUUGAAGGAGUUUGAACGUCGGAAGGGGCAUUUUUGAUACGACAAGUGCGUGAGCAGGGCUGGGCAAAAUAUUGUAGCUGCCGGGAGGGAUGCGGAGCAGGGAGAAAGCGAAAUGGUGGAUGGAUGGUGAACCUUGGAAGACUUCAUCACCCCUCGUCUUGUAAUGGACAAUGCAACCAUUUGCUGCCGAGGUUUGAAGCGUGGAUGUUCAACAAGGCAUCUGACUGCGUCAAGGCUGCAGAGAUAAAUAAUAGGUCGCAGGCUUAUGCAUUAGAUGGUCCUCUGCUGGGUCCGCUUUUCUUCUCACCGGGAGUACUGGCACAUGGUACGGUUGUGAUGUUUGAAAUUGGCAGGCCUUCUCGUCUACGCAGUGAGCAGUGUGCACUCCAGUUCGCUGGACAACAACUUACUCAAGAUACUUUGACGAGCUAUUAGGGCUCGGAAGACCUUCUCAAGUAGCAUAGAGGUAGAUACACAAUGGUGGAGGCGCAACGUGCUUUGCUCGAUGAGCUCAUGGGCACUGCUCGAAACCUCACAGCAGAGGAAAAGAAAGCGCAUAGGGAGGUGCGGUGGGAUGAUAAGGAAGUGUGCGGGUGUUAUCUUGUACGAUUUUGUCCGCAUGAUUUAUUUGUUAACACCAAGAGCGAUCUUGGUCCAUGUUCUAAGAUUCAUGAUUUAAAGUUGAAAGAAAGUUAUGAGCAGUCAUCGCGACAUGAUUUGUACGUGCCCAGAUUUGAAGCUGAACUGGCUCAGUUUUGUGAAAAGCUGGUUCAAGAUCUCGACCGGAAAGUUAGAAGAGGGCGAGAGCGGUUAGCCCAAGACGUUGAUCUUGCCUCCCUGGUUCCGAUAUCUGUUGAGAAAACAGAGCAGCUAGCAACGAUCGAGGAAAAGAUUAAGAAGCUUUUGGAGCAAAGUGAAAACCUCGGUGAAGAGGGGAAGGUUGAUGAAGCACAAGCUCUUAUGAAGAAGGUGGAUCUCCUUAACGCUGAGAAAGCAGUUGUUAUGCAACAGGCAUCUAGUGAGCGAGGUUUGAUUUUAUCUCAAGAGAAGAAAAUGGCGUUGUGCGAGAUAUGUGGAUCUUUCCUCGUAGCCAAUGAUGCCACUGAAAGGACACAAUCACACAUGACUGGAAAGCAGCACGUUGGGUUUGGGAUGGUUCGAGAGUACUUGGUACAGUACAAGGAACGGAAAGAGAAAGCUAGAGAGGAGGAAAGGUUGAGUCGCGAAAAGGAGUUAGACGACAAAAGGAAGCAAAGGGAGAAGGAGAAGGAACUAGAGAGGCUUAAAGAGAAUGGGAAAGACAAAGAGAGGGAAAGGGAGAAGGAGAGGGAAAAGGAAAAGGAGAAAGAACGGGAGAAAGAUCGUGAGCAGAGACAACGGGGCAGAGAUAGAGACAGAGAUAGGGAACAGAGAGUUGACAGGUUCAGAGAAAGAGACAGGGAUCGUUACCGAGAAAGAGGUCGUUCGGGGAGAGACAGAGAACUGCGGGAUAGAGAUUGGGAUCGAGAUAGGGAGCGUGAACGGGACAGCGGCAGAGAUCGACUCGAGCGUGAGCAGUGGCAUUCUCGAUCUCGGUCACCUGGCUUGGCUGGAUCUCGGUCCCCUGUUCGGCACCACAGUAGGCGAAGAUCGCGAUCUCCAGAUCACCGAGCAUAGGAAAGAGAGUAAUUGGUGGUUAGUAGUUUUCUGCCAUUGUUUUCUAGGCAGUUAUCCCAAUAAUGUUCAUGACCUAGGUUGCUUCUCGUCUUAUCAUAGAAGUCUUGUAGAACAGUUAGGAAUAGUGGUAUGGAAUCACUUCAAAAGGAUUUUUGCAUAUCAAGGAAUCUACUUUUUGAUAGGUUUAGUCGUAGAUGUAUUGGCUCCAGCUUCUAGGAACGAAGUCCUAUUGACGGUCAGUGAAAGCGGUAACCUUGUGAUUGAAGUUAGUUUGCUUAGGCAGCAGUCUUCUUUUCGUUUUGUCCAGCUCGUUUUUUGCUGCCUUCAUGUCAAAUACAAGUAUGAGAAUACUAAGUUGUAGGCAUUCACUACACUCAAUAUCCGCUACGCUACCUGAACUAGCUAUAUUCUUGUCUUUUAGUAGAUUUUUUGUCUUUUUCCGGUGACUAAUGUGCCAUUUUUGAAACUUCGGAGUGGUGACUGCACUUACGUUGUCCGUUUGCUGUGCAUGUUGGUCUGCUGUCCUAGGCUGUUAACCGGUUAUAGGAAAGGUCCCCCAGGGUAUUUUUGUUUGCAUGUGUCCAUCACGAACCGAAACCAAAGCACAAAACACCAAACUGGAAAUUAUGAUAAGAUUUGUGAUGAGUUUUUUCCAGGAGUGGUCACCUUUGUUGGAUGGAUAUCACCUUCACCCCUCUUCAUCUUUUCUAAGACUGCAAGCACAUGGAAGACGCACUGCCAAAGAGGUAACCAGUUUUCAUGAUAGAAAGCCGUGCAGAAGUUGUCGACGGCUUCAUUUAUUUUGAGUUGGUAAUGCCUAAAAAGGUAGAUCUUCGCUGAAUCAGUCAGAAUAUUGCUCAUCUAUGCUCUUGAAACUUGCUGCGCCUUCUUUUGUGGGAUUAUGAGACGGUCACUGACGUCUUCACUUAUGAUGUCAUACUUCCUUCGAGGCAGAACAAAGAAUCAAGAGUUUCAGAUUUCGGGAUAUGUCAGUGUCUGCCGCUUGAACUUUAAUUUCCUUGGCGAGGACUGAAACAUCGCAGGAUCUCGGAAGGUAUUACUAGGCGUCGAUGUAUUCUAUUUUCUCAGUCUUGUGAUGUUAACUAAACUUUAGAAGGGUUAUACGCAGCCGUAAUUCGGCAUUCAGCUCACGUUUUACAGACAGCUGGACCACAUCAGUUCGACUGUGUAUUCGAAGGCAUUUUGCAUCAAGUAGACGCUGAACGAGUCUAGCCAUCGCGAAACUUGGAGCUGUAAAACCGCGAAAGAGAAGCUCACUAAGCGGGAAUAGUAUGAAGCAGAUGCUGGUCAAACUUGACUGUGCGUCACCUCUUAGGCAGCUUAUAUUUCCUUUGGUUAAAGUCCUCCGGUUACUGUUGUAACAAGGUGGAUAGGCGUUCCAUGCGUAUACUUGAGUGUUCGGCAUUAGGUGAAGUGUGUCGUUGAGACAAUUCCUAACAUCUGUCUUCUAAGGUGGGUCAAUACAACUGAACCCUCUAUCAGGAGGAUGUCUAAACUUACAAUCGUGGCUAGAUAUACGAAUCCUUUCUGAACCCCCCAACAGCCCUGUGCAAAUCGCAUUUUUGAGAGGAUAUUAGGUCUUUCAAAAGGGUUUUCGCAGUGGUCAGGUGCAAAAUUGGAGCCUUUUGGGAAUUCUUUUGGUAUGCUGGAAAAUUUAUGCUUUCCAAAUACAGAUUACACGACUUAACCCAACUUCAUGAACACAUGGAAACGAAGUUGACAAUCUCUCUGAUUUUUUUUUUUUGGAAGCAA